CAGUGCCGCCAUAGGUGACUGGGACUGCCCUUCCUGCGGCGACCUGCAGUUCGCGCGCAACAUGCAGUGCAGAAAGUGUGGGACCCCGAAACCUGGCAUGGCAGGCGGCCUCACGGCCCCCACCAUGGGCGGCGGCUGCGGCUUCGCCCCCAUGAAAGCUGCGCCCGCGGCGGCCGGAGGACCGAACAGCAGCAUAUACAUUGACGGCAUGCCAGCCGAGAUGGACGAGUCGCAGGUGAAGAUUACCUUCGAGGCCUACGGCGUCCUGAGCGCAGUCAAGCGGGUUACCCAGAGUCUGUGGAUGCUGACUUUCGAGUCCAUGGAGGACGAAUGAUCUGAUCGGCUAGACCUGAUUCAAUGCCUGGUUGUCGUCCUGCGAACUUCCCUUCUUUUCUGCAGUCAUGCUCUUGCUUCCUUCUGUACCGUGGUGUUGACCAUCCUUGUGAUUAUCAAAGACGCCCACGGAGAACCACCGCCACUCCCUGCGUUUCUGGAAACGUCGAUAUGGCCGAACGCUGGGCCAACGUUUGGUCAACCAAGUGAUCUAUGGG